CGGCCGGUCUCGCGCGCCGGGCCCGCGCGCCCGAGCGGAGGUCGCCGUCCGCCGCGCAGGCCGCGCUCUCUCAGCCCGCGGCGGCGAUGAGGCGCUGAGGCGGCCGCCGGCGCUGCGCGGCCGGACCGGAGGACAAGGAAGCGGCCGGGCCGCGGGCGCGAGGCGCCGGCCUCCUGAGACGAGGGGCGGCGGGUGCAUGGCGCAGUGACGGCCCCGGCCGCUCCGCCCGCUCCCCGGCCCCAGGCGAGGCCGUCCGGCCGCCACCCCUCCUUCUCGGCCUCCGCUGCCGCCGCCGCCACCGCCGCCGCCAUGGCCAAUGACAGCGGCGGGCCCGGCGGGCCGAGCCCGAGCGAGCGAGACCGGCAGUACUGCGAGCUGUGCGGGAAGAUGGAGAACCUGCUGCGCUGCAGCCGCUGCCGCAGCUCCUUCUACUGCAGCAAGGAGCACCAGCGCCAGGACUGGAAGAAGCACAAGCUCGUGUGCCAGGGCGGCGAGGGCGCCCCCGCCCACGGAGCGGGCCAGCCCCAGCACCCCGGCCCCGCGCCGCCGGCCGCCGCGCCGCCGCCCAGGGCCUCCGGGGCCGGGGCGGCCAGGAAGGCAGCGCCGCGCCGGGAUAGAGCCGCCGAGGCUGCGGGCCCGCGGGCCGCCGGAGACGCCGCCAAGGCGAAGGCGAAGGCCAAGCCCGCGGUGGCCGCGUCCCCGCCUCGCGCGGCGCCCGGCGGCCAGGGUCCGGCGGCGGCCGAGGCGGAGCCCGCGAAGGAGGAGCCGCUGGCCCGCUCGCCGCUGUACCAGGACAAGGCGAACCUGUACCCGCCGAGCCACGCGCCGGGCGAGGGGCUGAGUCCCGGCGGCGGCCUGCGGCCCAACGGGCAGACGAAGCCGCUGCCGGCGCUGAAGCUGGCGCUGGAGUACAUCGUGCCGUGCAUGAACAAGCACGGCAUCUGCGUGGUGGACGACUUCCUGGGCAAGGAGACCGGGCAGCAGAUCGGCGACGAGGUGCGCGCCCUGCACGACACGGGCAAGUUCACGGACGGGCAGCUGGUCAGCCAGAAGAGCGACUCGUCCAAGGACAUCCGAGGCGAUAAGAUCACCUGGAUCGAGGGCAAGGAGCCCGGCUGCGAAACCAUCGGGCUGCUCAUGAGCAGCAUGGACGACCUGAUCCGCCACUGUAACGGGAAGCUGGGCAACUACAAAAUCAAUGGCCGGACGAAAGCUAUGGUUGCUUGUUAUCCAGGCAAUGGAACGGGUUAUGUACGUCAUGUCGAUAAUCCAAAUGGAGACGGAAGAUGUGUGACGUGUAUAUAUUAUCUUAAUAAAGACUGGGAUGCCAAGGUAAGUGGAGGUAUACUUCGAAUUUUUCCAGAAGGCAAAGCCCAGUUUGCUGACAUUGAACCCAAAUUCGAUAGACUGCUGUUUUUCUGGUCUGACCGUCGCAACCCCCAUGAAGUACAGCCAGCAUACGCUACAAGGUACGCAAUAACUGUUUGGUAUUUUGAUGCAGAUGAGAGAGCGCGAGCUAAAGUAAAAUACCUAACAGGUGAAAAAGGUGUGAGGGUUGAGCUCGAUAAACCUUCAGAUUCACUCAGUAAAGAUGUCUUGUAAAGCCUUCGAGCCAGCGAUGCCCCACCUCACCUACAGCAGGUGUCGCCGCUGUGAACUCGUGAGCACCAGUAAACGGGAUAAAGGAGAACAGCCCACCAGUGGACAUUUUCAUAAGGAAACAGAAACAACUUUUUUGUAUCGCAUCAAAAUGAAGAUUUUGACUGUGUGGGCCUGUACUGCAUGACGGCCUCCACACCUGGGACUGCUUAUGGGCGGAUAUAAGUUAUCAGCUGACAGUGGUAUUUACAUCUGGACGCGACAUAAGUGCCCUGGGUAGAGUUUUUUCAUUCUUAUAUUUUGCCAGAUCUGUCAUCUAGCUGAGUUCACGUCAUCUCUCCCUUUUUUAUAUAGUCAAGUUUGAAUUUGAAGUAAUUUUUGUAUGAUCAGGUACAAUUUAUCAAAACUGAAUUGAGAAAAAAAAUUACAGUAUUAUUCCCCAAAAUAGCAUCGAUCUAUUUUUGUAAACCUCUUCAUACUAUUAAAUUUUGCCCUAAAAGACCUCUUCUAAUGAUUGUUGCCAGUGACUGAUGAUUCCUUUAAUUUCCUUUUUACUUAAAAUAAGAAAAGGAGCACUUUAAUCAGCAACUGAAAAAUCAGACUGUUUUGUAGCCCGUCCUGCACUAAUCUGAACUCUUAGAAAUUGCUGCUGCCGUUUUGGACAUUGUUAAUCAUGAAACGUAACAGUAAAACCAUCACCAUUUACUACCAAUAACUUUCAGUUCAUGUUUUAUAAGGAAAAAUGCACAGUAAAAAGGUUUUAUCUUUUAAGUUACAUUAAAAAACAACAACUAAAGUGGCUGGCACUCAGUGAACUUGAGGUUGUCCUCAGCGUCAAGUUCCCAAGAGAAAGGGCUUGCUUUCGCUUUCAGGCAGAUCCUGUAGACUAGACGAUCCUGCCCUCGCUCCUGAGCCUCUUCCCUGUGCUUCCCGUCAAGGUGGUCAUCCUUUCAGUUGUGCUGUUUCGUUCCCUUCCUCCUCACCCGUCUGACGUGCAGGUCGGAACCCCGUCCCGGAGGUGGGGAGAUGGUGCGUGUGUCGCGGCCGGACUGCGUCACCGCACACGUGGCGUCGGGGCCUCCUCGGGCCGCCGCCCCCCACGCGCGAUGCUGGUCUCCUUAUCAGUCCUGAGAGUUGUAUGUUUCCCUUGAAAAAACCAGAAGCGACAAACCGGAAGAUUUAAUUUUUAUGUUUUUAGGAGUCUUCUUUAUUACUUUUCAGAGCAAGAGGGACUAUUAGAAGAAUCCCACCAGGCCUCUAAGACUCCUGUUACUUAACAUUUGAACUGGGACGAGUGCCUCCCACGUCCGUCUCCUGGGUUCUUUGGGAAAGCCCGAAGGGUGGUCCCCACAGUUUGCAUGAAUUAGGGUGUGAGACCUUGCCCACUUCGGCUUUCUGUCUCUGUCCUUGAUCUCCUUUGCCAAAAUAAUGUGAGUGUACAGGAAUCUUUCUGUAUGUUUCAGUUUAUGACAGUUUUAGCAUCCGUAUAGUUUGUAUUCAAUUAGAGACCUUUUCUAUGGAAAGCUCAGUAAUCUUUAUUAAAAGAUUGCUAUUGUUCAUGUAAAACAUGAAAACCAGUUGUUGGAUGAGCUGACAGUGUGGACUUUGGGAGUAAACCAUUCAGUGCUGUGAUCUCGCCUAGGAGAAACCUGCAGGAGGAAGCUACAGCUGACUUGUUUUCCUUGCCCACGUUCAGUUCUGUUCCACGUCAUCUCGUUCCCGGUGGUACCACGUAACGUUUCUACAGUAAGUGCCUCUCCACCCCGGCCGCCCCCGCCCCUCCCCGGGAGCACAGGCUCUUUGCCGUCUGGUCUCGGUGCGGGGCACCCUGUUGGACCACAGCUCAAAAGCUGUUACUUUUAGGUCUAGUAGAAGCUGUGUGGUGUUGAUGAGAGGUUUGUUUGAUUGUCACAGCACCAGCCUUUUGAUCUGGGAGCCCCUGUGUCAUUCACACGUGUAUCUGCAGUCGUGCGAAGUGUCAGAUUCUGCUCUCUGUGGGUUGUGCUUGCCGGACAGGUCUUAACUGUCAUAUUUUUUGGGAAAAGUUUAUAUAAUUUCUUGGAGGUGGUUGUGAAAGGAUCCAGGAAUCAGGAGAGCCGUUUCUUUACUGUCCGUUUAAAGUCUGUUUAUUUCAUGCUAGUGGGACCGUUAACUUGUCACCAAGCAGGACUCUAUAUAAAGCAAAAUUUAAAACUAUUUGUGGCCUAUAUGUGUUUAAUCUGGUUGAAGGUAGAGCUUCUAAUGCUGUUUUUAUUCAACACAUUAACCAGCUGUAAAACCCAGACCUUUAUCAACAGCAGGCAGAGAAGUUCGGAAUUUAUAUACAGAUAGACUAUGAAGUCAUGUAAUUUGAAAAGCGGUGUUUCAUUAUGAAAGAGCUCUCAAGUUGCUUGUAAAGCUAACCUAAUUAAAAAGAUGUAUAAAAUGUU